GGUGGGAGGCGAAAGUGAAAGAAAAAGUGGCGCUUUUUCGGGGAAAGCCCAGGUCUUCUGGGAACCUGCCUCUAGCUGGUCCCUGGCUUGUCCUGGGAGGCGGUGGCUUGGCCAGGCCACUGCCUCUGCCUCUGUCCCUGUUCCCAGCUCGCUGCUGCAGCACCAGGGACCCUCAGGGAGGUGAGCACAGAGAGAGGGCGAGCAGCUCCCCUGCCAGCCAGGACACCCUGCCGUUCUGAACUAGGUGAGCAGAGAGACCCUUCAAUCAUGGCGAUCAGAAGGACAUCUCCAUUCUACAAAGGGUCACCAGAUGAAGAUCUGUCAGAUGAAGAAAACUAUUUCUUGAAGUAUCAUAGAGAACAAUUUUUGAAAGAUUUCCCCAAGUGGAAACAGGAACAAGAAAAAAUUAUCAGAGAGCUCCGUGCCCGGGCAGAUGAGGUUGACGCCACCCAUGAACAAACCAACAAGAUCAACAUGGUGGCCCACACCACAGCUGUCUUCUCUAGAGCCAUGAGCUUCUUGGGGAUUGCCCUCGCUCCACUGACCACAAGAGGAAGCCUCACGCUUUCAGCUGCCGGCAAAACUUUGGGGGCAGCAGCUGGGAUCACCAGUGAUGUGAGCAACCUGAUAGAAGGGUCCUGCAAUAAAAAAGUUAAAGCUCAGGCCACCGGGCACGAGCCUACCAGUGAGCCAGAGUUCAAGCAGGUGGAUGAGAAGUCCAUUUUCACAGCUAUUACUAAUAUCAUGGACAAGUUUCAAGACACCUCCAAGAGUCUCAGGAAGAGCAGGCGUGCCUACAGGGUAGCCCAAGCCAAGCCAAGCUUGGCUAAGGCUGCCAAGUAUCGCCUGACAGGUGGCAAAGUCUCAGGCAAAACCAGCACGUAUGUGCAAAAGGCCUUUGAUGGCACACCUCUGGGAAUGACCAAAAGUGCUCUCUUGGAGGGAGGUGCAGAGACGGCUGUCCACCUCGUCCGGGAUUUGUGCAAUCUCUCUGAUACCUGGAAGAAACUGAAGGAUGGAGACAGGGCACAGCGGGCAAAAGAACUAAGGGCCCAGGCCCAGGAGCUGGAAGAGCUGGUGACACAGUACAGCCACCAUUAUGAGCGGCUACAGCAGAAACUCUAUUUUCGUUCUAUGUUGUUGCGUUUUGUUUUGUUUUGUUGUGUUUGUUUUGUUUUGUAUUUCCUCCCACAAAUUCUUGAAUUCUUGACAAGAAGAACAGAGCAAAAUCUUUUGUCUUGGGAAAGCAACAGAGACUCAAACUCAGCCUCCAUCCGAGGCGCAGGACAGGUUCCAGGGCCAAGGGAAGCAAAGCAAUUAACCUAGCUACCCAGGAGCGCCACUCGGAGGGACCAGAACCUGCUGCCCCCCUCACAGCACAGCGAAGGUCACGGCGAGCGGAGACCCAGGUGGAGUGGCAGCAUGAGGGCCCUGGCAGGCGCAGGCGCAGGCGCAGCUGAAACCCCCACGCAUGCGAUGACUUCGAGACCCCAGCCUUGCGUACCUUACAAGCACUAUAAAGCUACACAUUUCUGUCUUUUGGUUGAGUGUAAGGAUGGCCUUAGGCCUUAGCCUAAGCAACUCCAUUUUAAAAUAAAUCUGCAUGCUCACCAGGCAAGCCACAGAGCCCUCAGAUAGUCAAUCAGGCACAGCCCGAUAAAAGCAAGUCACUUUCCACAACCCUGAUAAGAGCCAGAAGGGUAUCAGGGCGGAAACCACAGACCAUAUGUCCAUUCUAAUAUGUAAGGUGUCACUAAGUAAACCUGGUAACAGCUGAUAGGGACCCAAAGGGCAAGCAGAAGCUCCCAAAAUUUAGUAUAAAUAAUGGAACAAAUGAACAUUCAGCCAGCCGACACCGAUGCCCACAUGCCAGAGACCCUCAUGAGGACCUGGACUACACCCCAACUCUUCUCAUCAUCUGCCUGAUCCUCUGCAUCGUCCUCACCGCUUGCAAACUCGACAGCUGCCUCUUGAUCCUAGUGGGAAAGGCGACUUCUCCUUAUGCCCAUCUCCUCAGCCAGCCACCAACUCACACCAGGAGAAGCCUCCAUCGGCUCCUGACCUGCUCUCUGCAUCUGAGUGCGUGGGCAUCUGCUGGACUUAAGGCCUAAGACUUGAGACUUUAAAUCUAGCACCUAAACUCAGCAUGCAGAGGGAAUGUCUGUAACAGGUCUGUCAGGAUGAAGUGUGUUUGCAGUGCUCAGAGUUAACUUAGAAUUGUUUGCUUUGAAUUGAUUUGUCUAUAGCAGUGCCCAGCAUUAAAGAUUGUCAUUCCUUGAUUAAGAACCUAUAGAAUGAAAUUGUAUUAAGUGAUUUGAGUGAAUAAAAUAUUGAAAAGGGCAGAA